CAUUUCAGUUAAUAUCGAACAUUUGCGCUGAGUUGUUGCUUUCGUGUCUGACGGAUAAAAAUUCAAAUCGUUGUUACUGAAACAACGACAAAACAUAACAAAAAUAAUAAAUAUACAAUAACAAUAGCAAAAGCAAUAAGCAAUAAACAAAACAAAAAACGUUCGUUACCAUUAAUAACACCGUCGGCAGCAGUUCUUUACCGCGAUCCGUGACUUAGUACAACAGCAGUUGUCUUUUACAUAAAUCACCGCGACUAGACGUCGAAUCGGGCGUUAAAUUGAAAGCUUCAUUAAGGGCUAUAUAGAGUAUACCGCGCGACUUAAACGACAGUGUGUGAACGGUGAAGACGGUGCAGUGUAGGUGAGCAGUAGUGUUUGAGAUUUUGUGUGUUGCGAAAAAAGGUGAAAAUCAGCAACAAAAACAACAACAAACACGAUAUAGCAUUUCAGUGAAAAGCAUCAACUUGCAUUUUAAUACAUAAAUAACCAAGCAAAAAAAGGAAGGAAAAUAUAUUACGUCUAACUCGCAAAAGCUUCAAACCAUCAUCUAUCAAACAUUUAUGAGUAAAUACUAAACAUUUAUGAGACUAAAUAUUACAAAUAACUCUGUGUGAUUUGUGAAACAUUAAAAAAUCGACGUGUACAAAAUGCGCGCUUGGGUUGAAUAUGCAUAAACCUUGGCUAAAUCGUAGAUCUUUAUACGCUGAGCGCGAUCGUGAUGAUCCAACGAUGCACAAUUAUCAUCACAACGGUUUGCACUCUGCAACGGCUCUAAAGCAUAAACAGCAAAGCACGUUGAUGUCGUCGUCGUCGCCGUCGUCGUCAAUGUCGUUGUCAUCGUCGUUGUCGUCGUCGUCGUCGUCGCCAUCCUCAACAACGAACAUUUUACAUAAUUCAAGUAUUGGUUCCAUUAAUUUAGAGGAUUACAUAACCGCUAUGGAGGCACGUACCAAAGCACUAGAUCGUCAACAAUCCGAAGUUGAUGUAUGGGCACAAUUACAACAAAAAGAAUCGGAUAUAUUACUAGCCGCCGAGCUGGGUAAAGCGCUCUUGGAGAAGAAUGAAGAAUUAGUGAAACAGCAUGAGAAACUCAUCGAGGACUAUUCCAUGAAAAUCGAGAAAUUGGAACAAGAAAAACAUGUUUUGCGUCAAAAGCUCGCCAUUGCCGAGGAGGAGAGCGAUCAACGUGUACUCGAACUGCAAUCUGAUCUCAACGAACUCAAAGAUAAAUUACAGGCACAGGAGAAUGCUAUACGCCAAGCGGAGAAGGAGAAGACUAUACUAAUCGAUGAGUUGACACAUCAGAACACGCGCCUCAAUGAGCAAAUACAGGAAGCGCACGCCACCGAACUGAAAUUAAUCUCGCAGAUACAGGAACUUAAAGAUCAGUACAAUUACAGGAACACCAGCUUGCAGGAACACGUGCACAGUCUGGAGUCCAUAAAAACCGAGUUAAACCUCACUACAGAAAAACGCCAUGAUCUUGAGAAACGUUUACAGCACGCACAAGAGGAAAAGGAAUCGCUAACAUCCGCAUUAGAAGAAUCUUCUGAUAGAAUACAUAUGCUAGAGAGACACGCCAGAGAGCAGGAAACAAAAUUAGAGACAACACUGCAAGCACUCGAGAGAUCUCAGCGUGAAAAUAAUGUGCUCAGCGAGCGUUUGGGAGCGGAUGCCAAUUCUAGUGCACAUGGCAAGAAAUCUUUGCAAUUCGAAAUGGAGUGCGAUGAAGAUGACUCCAGUUUCUCAGAUGGCAAGCCCAGUCAAAUUUGUAUUGAGGCGCGCUCUGUCUACAUACAGCUGAAAUCGCUUGUAGACUCUUUGAAAAUCGGACAUGAUGAUGACUCAGGUUUAAAUUCGGACAUAUCGUUAGACUUGGAAUCCAUGGACAAUACGAUUUCGUCAUCCAGUCGCAUCGAAGGUGGCAGUCACACUGAGGCUAUUGAAUUUCGUCCCGGCAUGCUGUCCGCCAUGUCCGAUGAGCUAACGCGCUUGCUGCUCAAUUUGGAUGCCGGCAACUUCAGAAAAAUGCUUGAUCAGACGCGCAAUCUUGUGCUGGAGCAGGAGGACGAAAUCAAACGCAGUCAUCAAUUGAUACAGGAGUUGGAGUCGAAACUCACCGUAACCGAUGUGGAGCUGACGAAUGUGAAGGAGGAACGCGAUCAAGCACGUGGCGAUCUUAUUGACAAUAGUGAUCGCGAUGAAAUGCUCGCUAAAGCACAAAAGGAACGUGAUGCGGCGAAUGAGCGACGCACAAAGGCCGAAAUCGAUUUGGCAAAGACGCGCGUAGACUUAAUGCAGGCCAAUAGCCAAUUGUUGGAGUCCAUACAGCAGAAGGUUGAGUUGUCACAACAGCUGGAACAGUGGCAGAUGGACAUGCAAGAAUUGCUACAGGAGCAAAUGCGUUCAAAGCUAAUCAACAAUCGCAAGGUGGCAACACCAAUCGCUGCCAGUACAAAUACAAGCGCCGCGUCUGCGCUGGCAAAACGUAUGUCCAACUACAAAUUCUGGAGCUUAUUUCAACGGUAAAUUGAGCACACUAUGGAAAUUCUACGCUACUAUAAUUAUACUAAUGUAAAAGUCUUAUUUUUUAUCAAUCUAAUUUUUUUAUGAUUAUUUUUUAAUAUUUAUACAUGAUAUACAAGUUUAUUACAUAGCAAAAUAUAGACACAUACAUACACACAUAUUUAUAUGUUGUAACAUGAAAGAGAUGUUAUAAGAAAAAUAUUGAUUGCAUUUUUAUAUACAUUUUGCUAGUGUAAUGACACAAAUUGAAAAAAAAAAUUGAAAAAAAAAUAAAAAAAAACAUUUACACUUAUGAAUAUAUUUACUUUAACUAACGUUAGACGCUGAUUUUUUGUGAACAUAAAUUUGUUAGAAACCCCCGCGUUUCACAUACGCUUUAUUAACUUUAAUUGUUAAAAUGAAACAAAAAAUCGAAAACUAAAAAAUUCAGCAAAAAGACAUUAAAUGUAUUUUAUUAUUUUAUUUUAUAAACAAAAAAUAUACAUAUAUAAAUAACCGCUAUUUUUAAGCUGCAAAAUGCAAAAAAAAAGGAAACAACAAUUCAAAAUUGUACAAUAGUAGCAACUAGCGCACUUCUUACGAGCGCAUGCGCAAAUUCCAUUCGCUGGAUUAAGCGCGUGCAACUCGUUCGCCCAAAAGACACAUAUCGCUCUACAUUUGUAGUGUUUGCAGAAUAUAUUGUAUAAAUAGCAAGUAAUUCUGGUCAUAAAUCGCUAAAUUUAAAGAAAUUGUCGCCGCUCUUAUAUUGUUUGUUUUCAACACGCUAUAUACCGUUAGAAGCACACUAACACACCACACUUGUGUAUGUAUUAAUAAAAAUUAAAAAAAAGAAGAAAAAUUAUAUAAAUUAAUAAUUAAAUACACUUUAAUAUUAUUUGUUUUAGUGAAAAUGUAAACAAUUAUAUUAAAUAAAUCUACAUAAAUACACACAUACAUACAUACAUGUAUAACAUAUACCUACACUAAUGUAACGUAUAUUAAUUGUAAGUCUCUUAAGUGCAUUAUAUAGUCACCCUUACCGUUAGUUUAGCGUGUUUGGUGAUGUGAUUGUUUAAUUGAUCGUUUGAUAAAUUGUAAUUGUUGACGGCAGCGGCAGCGGCAGCGGCGCAAUAGUUUGUGUAAAACAACAAUAAAAACUUAUUAUAAAGAAAAACAUUUCACUAAGUGUUUAACAUGCAUGCUAAUUAAAAUAAAAAAAAUCUGUGAAUUAAAAAAA